CAUGUGACUUUGACACCUUGUUUGGAGAGCCCAUUGAAAGACUGGUUAAGUUUGGGAAGAGCUAGAAGAGGCUGAAGAAAUAUUGCUAUUGGAAAAUAAGCCGCUUCCCCAAUUGUCCUGCAGGCUUCAGCACAGAAGACACAGCUCAGAUGAAAUGACAAAGUAAGGGAGACAGAACCAGAUUACGUGAAAGUAAGAUUGCCCUUGAGUUGGAGAGGUGUUUGUGUGCCGUGGAGUCUCCAGUUCAAGCUAUGCCUUUAUCUGACUUCCUGGGAGCUCUGAAGGACAACCCAUACUUUGGAGCUGGCUUCGGGCUGGUGGGGCUGGGCACGGCGAUGGCCAUAGCCAGGAAGGGUGCCCAGCUGGGGAUGAUCGCAUUCCGCCGGCACUACAUGAUCACCCUAGAGGUGCCCAGCAAGGACAAGAGCUACCAGUGGCUGCUGAGCUGGAUCACAAAGCAUGCCCGCCACACCCAGCACCUAAGUGUGGAGACCUCCUACCUGCAGCACGAGAGUGGCCGUGUCCAUACCCAGUUUGACUUCAUCCCCAGCCCAGGGAACCAUAUCAUCUGGUAUCAAAGGAAGUGGAUUCGAGUGGAGAGGACCAGGGAGAAGCAGAUGAUAGACCUUCAUACAGGAACCCCCUGGGAAUCCGUCACCUUCACUGCUCUGGGCAGGGACCGACAGAUAUUCUUCAACCUCCUGCAGGAAGCGAGGGAGCUGGCCCUGAAGCAGCAGGAGGGAAGGACGGUGAUGUAUACGGCCAUGGGGUCGGAGUGGCGCCCAUUUGGGUGUCCGAGGCGACGACGACCUAUGACCUCCGUCAUCCUGGAGAGAGGGCUGGCUGAGAAGAUUGUAGAUGAUGUGAAGGAUUUUAUUGGCAAUCCCAAGUGGUACGCAGACAGAGGGAUCCCUUACAGGCGAGGCUAUCUCCUGCACGGGCCACCCGGCUGUGGCAAGAGCAGCUUCAUCACGGCAUUGGCUGGGAAGUUGGAGUACAGUAUCUGCUUGAUGAGCCUCAGUGACCGAAGCUUGAGUGACGACCGUUUGAACCAUCUGCUUAGCGUGGCUCCAGAGCAGAGCAUCAUUCUCCUGGAGGACGUGGACGCUGCCUUCGUCAGCAGAGAGCUAGCCACAGAGAACCCAGCUGCAUACCAAGGGAUGGGCAGACUGACCUUCAGCGGACUCCUAAACGCACUCGAUGGAGUAGCAUCCACUGAGGCCAGAAUCGUAUUCAUGACGACCAACUACAUAGACCGGCUAGACCCGGCUCUGAUCCGUCCUGGACGGGUGGACCUGAAGCAGUAUGUUGGGUACUGUUCGCAUUGGCAGCUGACCCAGAUGUUCCAGAGGUUCUACCCCACUGAGCCGAUGGGACAGGGGGAGAAGUUUGCAGAGCGUGCAUUGGCUGUGUCUCAGAGUAUUAGUGCUGCCCAGGUCCAGGGGCACUUCAUGCUCAACAAACAUGAUCCGAGAGGGGCCAUCGACAAUGUGGCAGAGAUUGGACACUGACACUGAGAGGGAGGCUGAAGCUCAGCAGGCAGGACAGCUCUUGCAGUUUGUAAUUGAAGAUUGACUAGUGUGAGGAACAUUGCUCAAGGAAAUGUGUUGAUGUCAAUCCAGGGGCUCAUACUUUUAAAACAUUCAAUGAAUCUGUGACAAACAAACAGAAUGAAAAAUGUCAUCAAAAUAAGUUUAUGACAAGCAGUUCUGCACAUUGUCCUAAUAUAUUUAUAAAACUGAAAAAUAAAUAAUUCUGCUUCAA